CCAUCUCAGCAUUCAAACAUCCACACAUCCGGCCUCCAACGGUCGAAGCAUCUCUACGCCUGAACACCUUCAAUACCGAAUCCAAAUCAUCGGUCUGACGCUGCACACUUACCCCGCCGUCAGCAAUGCAGGCUCUCAUCAGGGAUGCCCCCAUUGGGCAAAUUAUUCGAUGGGUUACCCACAAUCGCGUCCUCCAGUACCCUGAAGAGCGAGACGACUUCGAGCUCCCGGCUUCCUACGUACAGCUCAAAGCCGGCCAGGGACAGAGACAUGUCCCCGCCCAACCGGAGGAGCCUCUUUCCGCAGAGCCCGAGGGGCCAGCAACUGAAGAGGUCUACCCCGACCCAGAGACAGUGCUAGAGAAAGAAGAAGAGCUCUAUACAGCGGAGGAGUCAGAAUCCGAUCUAGAGAAGAUCCAGACGGCCCGGACCGCGCAGACAGCCCGCACGCAGAUCUCCCGUGUAGGAACACGGACUGCCCUGCAGAAAUCUAUCUCAAGAGCCGAUCUCGAGCAGCAGUUCACGCUAGCGUCUGUGGAGCGAGGGCCUUCUCGGCCCAUUGAACCCGAGAAGCUCGACGAUGGUACCAUCCUCGUCGAUUGGUAUACAACCGACGAUACCGAAAACCCUCAGAACUGGACUUUCGGGAAGAAGGCGGUUGUGCUGUUGCAGAUCCUGAUGUACACAAUGUCAGUGUACAUGGGCUCCGCUAUAUACAGUCCUAGCAUUCCAGGCGUCAUGCAGCGCUUCGGUGUUUCCAUCGGCUCGGCCUCUCUUGGUCUGUCGAUGUACGUCCUCGCCUACGGUAUCGGACCGCUUCUUUUCUCGCCCUUGAGCGAGAUCCCCAUAAUCGGCCGCAAUCCACCGUACAUGAUUUCAUACGCCAUCUUCGUCAUCCUUCUCGUGCCAACGGCCCUUGUCGACAACUUCGCAGGCCUCAUCGUCCUGCGCUUCCUGCAAGGCUUCUUCGGUAGCCCUUGUCUGGCCACGGGAGGUGCAACGCUGCAAGAUAUGUACAGCUUGAUCAAACUGCCAUACGUGCUGUCGCUGUGGGCCUUCGCGGCGACUUGUGGUCCGGCUCUCGGACCAAUCAUUUCAGGCUUCAGUGUCCAAGCCGAGAACUGGCGCUGGUCGAUGUGGGAGAUGCUGUGGAUGAACGGUCCUGUUUUCCUAUCGCUGUUCUUCUUCCUCCCCGAGACCUCCUCUGCCAACAUCCUUCUGCGCCGCGCUGCCCGCCUUCGCAAGCUCACUGGUGACGACCGCCUCAAAGCGCAGUCUGAGAUUGACCAGGCAAACCUCAGCGCGCGUGAUGUCACAGUCGAAGCCCUCUGGCGACCCUUCCAGCUCGUGCUCCUCGACCCCAGUAUCGCCUUUACUGCCGUCUAUACCGCGCUCGUCUACGGCAUCUUCUACUCCUUCUUCGAGGCGUUCCCGCUCGUCUACGAAGUUAUGUACGGCUUUAACCUCGGCGAGAUCGGUCUGACCUUCCUUGCCGUAACCGUCGGCGUCAUCCUCUCCAUCACAUGGUACUGGUACUACAUCUACUUCAUCGUCGAACCAUCUAUCCGCGCCAACGGUCUUGGAUCUCCCGAGCGCCGCCUCAUCCCUGCGCUGUUCGUCACGUGGUUCGUCCCCGCCGGACUUUUCAUCUUCGGAUGGACAUCGGACCCGGACAUCCACUGGAUCGUGUCUUGCAUCGGCAUCGUGAUCACGACCAUCGGCAUCUUCCUCAUCAUCCAGUGUAUCUUCUUGUACCUGCCGCUCUCCUACCCGCAGUACGCUGCCUCGCUCUUCGCGGGUAACGACUUCCUCCGCUCUGCGCUCGCUGCGGGCGCCAUCCAUUUCAGCUACCCCAUGUUCCACAACCUCGGCGUGGACAGAGGUAUUUCGCUGCUUGCCGGCCUGACAAUUGGAUGCAGUGCUGGCGUGUACGUGCUGUACUUCUUCGGCGAGAAGCUCAGGGCUAAGUCGAGGUUCGCUGCGAAGUGAGUUCUCAUCGUUUGGUAUAAUGACUAAAGGGUUCGUGGAGAACUUCGAUGAACUUUCUUUAGUCCGUUCUUAAGCGUUUCGUU